CUUCAACAGGGAAUCCUUUGGUGAAGGUGGAACACUGUAUGUUAAUCACUGUCGUGCGUGUUGCAGUCGCUCGACCGAGAUACGUAGAGUAGACAUUUGAUGCUCAAAUACUUUUUUGGAGAAAUGUAGACAUUACAGAUGAUAUUUGAUGAUCAAAUAGGUGUACUAUCGACUCCUUCAACAGCAAACUACAAGCAUCUUCACAGCGACACGACAUUCUAACUCUCCUUGAGGGACAUCUUCUGAGUCGAGCAUCGAAGAGCAAAUGGCGUUUCCAUCAGGGGAGCAGGCCCCCGCUGCGGACGAUGUAGGCGUGGGGCUGUCAGACGGUGAAGCAUCACACGAGGGUGGUCACGAGUUGGAUGCAAGCGUCUCAGUGACGAACCGGUGCAACGUCCAGCCGGCUGGCAACGCGUUUUUUCUGGAGGACGGCGGGAAAAGUUAUCGCCUCCGAAAGCGUGCGGGGCUCGGGCCUUUCCUUGGCCGGCUACCCGAGGAGGUGUUGCUGAGCCAUGUCCUGGAGUUUCUGGCCUUGCCAGACCUCGCGACCGCGUUGGCACCCGCCUCAAGCGUGCUUUAUCAGUACGUGCACGCCAAUGACGAGCCUUGGCGUCAGUUUGGUCACGCUGAGCUCAACCGGCUGAACAGCCGAAAUGACGUGAAAAGCGCGGCGCCCGUAGUGACGAGGAAAGCGAAGAAAGAUGCGGCAACGCAUCAUGGCAAAGCGAAAAACUUGCGGACCGCGUGGCCGGAAAGCAAUCAGUGGGGCCGGACCUGGCGCGACACAAUUGUGAAAAGGACAAAGGGUGCUUCGGCAGUGGUCGCUCAACCCGACGACAGCUGCGUCUGUGCCGAUAUAGAUGAAAAGGCCUCCGGCUGCACUUCGACUCCGCCUUCUCCUGCCAGCACGGCGGCGGCGACUGCCACUCCAGUUCCUGCGCUUCCGCUGGAACGAAGAUUCGCAGGGCAGCCACUGUUUUCAGAUCUCCUGUAUCAGCCGUACUUUUGCGCGUCGCUGGAGAUGCGGCCUGAGUGGAUCGCAAAGCAAACGCUGCGGCGCAUACGGUACUGCGACGUGCGUCGGGAGCACUUUGAGUGUAGCGAGCCCUUUGUUCUGGAAGACUGUCCGGUGGAACUUAUCCGCGACGCGCACGACUACAACAGAGAUGCUGUUCUUGUAGAAGAAUGCGCCACGACGACAAAUAACUCCACGGACACGAAGGGAAACGUGUUUUCGAAGGAGGAUUUCUUUGCCAGGCACGCUGAGCAAACUUUCAUCUGUGGCGGGGUGCAAAUGACGCUGAGGCAGUGGCGUUGCUACGCAAAGACCGUCACCUCGGACGAGACACCGCUAUUUGUGUUUGACAAGCAUCUGAAUCGCAAAUGCCCGCAGCUCAGCCGAGCGGCGUCCGGCAAAUAUCUGCGCGAUAUGGCAGUAACUUCGGAAAGCGCAGCAGGACGAGAAGAUUGCGAUGACCAAAGGCCGCCGCCGCCGCACCUGUGGACCGACCUAUUUGACGUGUUAGAAGGUGAGAAACCGUGCAGCUUCGCCACGGAAAUGGAUACACGGCACGCGUGUACUUCUAACGAAAAUUAUAAUCAGGGGGAGACCACAUCCACAAGCAAUUGCAGGAAACUUUCCUCCUCAGGUCCGCGGCGUUGUUACCGACCCGAUAACCGCUGGCUUCUGGUUGGCAAUGCGCGGUCUGGAAGCAAGUGGCACAAGGAUCCCAAUCUUACCUCUGCCGUGAACCUGGUUCUUUCCGGAGCCAAAAAGUGGUUUUUCUUGCCACCGCACGUGGAGCCUCCCGGGGUGAAGCAAUCUACCGAUGGCGCGGAGGUUUGCCAGCCUGUGAGUCUGAUGGAGUGGCUCAUCAAUUUCUACCGGGAAUUCGAGGAGUUAUACCAGGCGGGAAGGACCACCAGCAGCAACAAGGUUGCAGCGCAAACCGGCGCCGGGCUUUGCACCUCCUCAUCAUCUUCCGGACAGGGCACUACGAUGAUGUCGAGCGAUAUUUCCACUAAACCGCCUGUGCGAGGACCUCGCGGCGCGGACGGGUCGUGGGGUGGUGUUUCCUGUUCGCAGCCAGGACGAAGUUGUGGUGGCCCACGCGAGGGCGUGUGUCGUGCCGGCGAGCUCGUAUUCGUGCCGAAGGGAUGGUGGCACGCCGUGGUCAACCUCGAGGACGAUACUAUCGCGGUGACCGAGAAUUUUUGUCCCAGCGCUAUAUUGCCCGACGUGCGGAAGUUUCUGCACCAGAAGCCGGACCAAAUCAGUGGGAUUCCGUGCGAAUUGCGGGACACGAUGGCUGCCGAAUUCGAUGCGGCUCUGCGUCACGCGGGGCAGCUGGGCGAGGACGAUUUUUGUCUAGGCGAGGAGAGGCGGAAAAGUUGCACAAGUGGCCUCACGAGGACUGUAGAAGCCGCACCAUUGGCGCAGCGGAUGAACAAGAGGACUGCCCCCGAACAGGGAGAUGCGAUUGGAAGCAACAGCUGUCCGAGUACCGCCGACGGCGCGGCAGGGGGGAAAGUGGAAGGCGACGAAGCCCAGGUGGAAGGUAAAAGUGCUGGACCGACCACUUCCAAUCUUGCGCAAUCCAGUGGCGAAACUGCAAGUGGGCUGGGCCAAGGACCCGGUCGCGGCCCGGAAAUUGAAGAGCAGAGCAGCUUUUGGUCCGGGGUGCGGAAGCCGCUCUCUUUCAAAAGAAGAAAACAAGCGACCACCAGGUGUGACUAACAGGAAGUAUUAGCGACUUUGUGCUCUCUAUUUAUGGCGUCAUACACAAAUUGCGAGCGUUUGUGCGCUUGAAAUAAACGGAU